CUGUUACACCUGGUGGGAAGAGGAGGAAUCGGAGAUAGAAUAAAAAAUAGAAGCGACCGCGAGCAGCGACAUGAACUCGAAGGCUGACGUCAACCGCCGCGUUCUGGCCAUUCAGGCGAAGAAGAAGCGCCAUAAGAACAACAAGAAGCGGGGCAAGCAGAACGGCAACGCCUCCCAGGAGCAGCCGCCGCCGCCGCAUCCCAAUCCGAACCAGAGCCCCAAUCUGAAUAGGAGCAGCGAGAACUUGCAGGCACCGGAUAAUGCUAAUAAUAGCCAGGCGAAGAUGCCGCUAACGGGCAGCGUUGCCAGCAAACCGUCUGUCGCCGCAGCGUCCACGUCCAGCGGCAGCACGCCCGAGCAGUAUCAGCAGGGAUCCUCCGGCAAGUCCAAGAACAAUCAGCAAAAGGAGCAACAUCAGCAGCAGCCACAGCAUCAGAAGGAGCAGUCGCAGCAGCAGAACAAGGACCACCUCCAGCAGCCGCCGCGGAGUAGCUCCAACGAGUCGUACGAAUCGGAGCUAAACAGCGAGAACGAGGAGCAGGAGCUGAAGGAGGACUACUGCAAGGGUGGCUACCAUCCCGUCAACAUCGGUGACCUGUUUCAGGGUCGCUACCAUGUUAUCCGAAAACUGGGCUGGGGCCACUUCUCCACCGUCUGGCUUUGCUGGGACCUGCAAGAGAAGAGCUAUGUGGCCAUUAAGAUUGUGAAGUCCGCUCCGCACUUUGCCGAGACGGCCAAGGAUGAGAUCAAGCUACUAAGGACGGUGCGCGAGACGGAUCCAUCGAAUCCGCGACGCCAGAAGACCGUCCAGAUGCUGGAUGACUUCAAGAUCACCGGGGUCAACGGUACCCACAUUUGCAUGGUCUUCGAGGUGCUCGGCGACAAUCUGCUGAAGCUAAUCCGGAAGUCCAAUUAUCGCGGCAUACCGCUGGGCAACGUUAAGACCAUCACUCGCCAGGUGCUGGAGGGUCUCGACUAUCUGCACACCUGCUGCAAGAUCAUCCACACGGACAUCAAGCCGGAGAAUGUGCUGCUGUGCGUCGAUGAGCCACAUGUCCGCUCGCUGGCCACCGAGGCCACCCAGCUGUACUGCAUGAACUCGAAGAUGUACCCCUCGCUGGUGAGUCGGGCGCCCAAGGAGUACCGCGAGCCCCCCAUCACCGGCAAGAUGAGCAAGAACCGCAAGAAGAAGCUCAAGAAGAAGGCCAAGAAGCGCAUGGAACUGUUCAAAAAGCAGCGCGACUAUCUGGAGCAGGCUGGCGGUCAGGCGCCUGAUGCUGGUGAAGAUCAGACGGACUUUGGAGUCAAUCAUAAUGCGGUGCAGAACGGCGAUGUUGGCAUCUCUGAUGGGGAUGAAUAUUUUGAAGCUAAGCAGGAACCGGAGGAGAAUGAAGAUGAUGAAGAGGACGAGGACGUGGACGUGGCUGCUGAGCAGCCAAAGGUUAAGGUGAAAUCAAAGCCCAAGGAGCAGCAACAUCAGCAGGAGCAGCCGCCGGCGGAGGGCUCGGAGAAAGCUAAAAAGAAGAGGAAAAGGAAGAAUAAGAACAAAUCCAAUCAGCCGCAAGGUCAGCAGCAGCAGCAGCAGCAGCCGCCACUGGAGAACUCCAUCAGCAGCGGCGACAGCAGCAGUGCUUUGAAGAGCCACCAGACCAAUGGUAGCAGUAGCAUCAAUAGCAACAGUAACUCCAAUAGCCACAGCAACUCGAGCAACACCAUGAAGGGACAAUCAAAUGGCAAGAAGAUGCCGCUGCGACCCAAGCAGGAGAAACAACAGCAGCAACCAUCGAAUCAGCAGUUAAACAACAACAACACCAGUUCGAAGCCCAACUCGAACAGUAAUUCGAAAAUCUCAAGCGGAUCCGUGGCGAACUCAUCGUCCUCCAAUGGGCCGUACUCGGAACCCCUGUUGCCACCGCCUCCUCCGCCACCACAAGUCAAGCAUAGGCCAAGACGUGAUCCAGCGCUGGAGGAGUGCAGCGUUUACGUCAAGAUUGCCGAUCUUGGCAAUGCCUGCUGGGUGGACCGACACUUCACCGAAGACAUUCAGACGCGACAAUACCGCUCGCUGGAGGUGAUCCUGGGCUCUGGCUACGACACCUCGGCGGACAUCUGGAGUACCGCCUGCAUGGUGUUUGAGCUGGCCACCGGCGACUAUCUGUUCGAGCCGCAUUCGGGCGAGACCUACUCCCGCGACGAGGACCAUUUGGCUCACAUCAUCGAGCUACUUGGACCCAUACCGCGACACAUUGUGUUCCGCGGCACUUACGCCCAGCAGUCCUUCAAUCGAGGCGGCGAGCUGCGAAAUAUCAACGGCCUGAAGCCCUGGGGCCUGAUGGACGUGCUGCUGGAGAAGUACGAGUGGUCGCACAGCGAGGCGGAGUCCUUUGCCUCGUUCCUCAAGCCCAUGCUGGAGUUCGAUCCGGCCAAGCGAGCCACCGCUGCCGAGUGUCUGCAGCAUCCGUGGCUUAGAUAAGAUACGAUGCAGCCUGGUUGUUGGCUGCACGCCACCCAGCCAGCAACAUCCAGAGUUGGAGCCGGAGAAGAGGCAGCAACAGCUGGGGGCUACAUGGAGUCAUCCGCCUCGGUGGCCACUCUUGCCUCCAUUUCAUCCAUUGCUUCCACCUCGGCGGCGGCCAGGGCGGCGCUGAAGGCACGUCCGUAUAUGGUGCCACCCUUCGUGGCCACCGCAUCCGCCCCACCCACUCCACAGCCCCAUACAACCUCUGAUCCCCCUCAAGCACGGCACGGACAGCGCCUGCAACUCCCACACGGCGUCGCCUUGCCCCGAAGAGGAUCCGGACUUGGUUGAGGAUUUCGAUGUGGCUCUUGCGCAGCUGGAAGAGCCCCAGCCGCCGUCUAAUGCGAAGGCCAAGUCGCAGCGCUUCUUCUGGCGGAAGGCGAUACGUCGCGUUUUCCAGCGCCGAAAGUGACAUCUGCUGCGGCGUCGCCGGCAGGAUCUACCACGAUGGCAUCGCCCCGCGCGCCGUUGUCGGCGCCGAACCCUGGCCGAGCGAGUGAGGCGUGUUUGCGCCUGCUGCGCCUACGGCCAGAUCCUGCUCCGAGCGGCCCGCGUGGCCCUGCUCAGCUGCAUCCGUUGGCGGACCCGUGGCCACAUACGCAACAACAACUUUUACUUUAGCAAUCACUAAAGCGGCAGAAGGAGAAGCAUCCAACAAGCAUCAUGCAACCAGCAACCAGCCAUCGCAUAAUCUCCAUGCUCCAUGCUCCUGCUCCGGCUCCAGCUCCAGCUACAUGAGUUACUUUUAAUGUCAAUAAGACCAUUCGAUUUAGUUUUACAUACGCCAGCACUUAAUUUAUUUCCUGUGUUUGACAUCGACAA